GUGAGGCACACAGAUCACCGCGUGGAACACAUUCCCGUUGGAACUGCGACUAGCGAAGGCUUUCUAGGAGAUAAGUUUGUUUCGGGUUUAAACUUGGUGAAAAAGCGUCAGAGAUGCUUGUUUUAUUUGAAACCGCUGCUGGUUAUGCAAUAUUUAAAGUCCUCGAUGAGUCAAAGCUCCAAGAGGUGGACAGUUUAUGGAAGGAGUUCGAAACUCCGGAGAAGGCCAACAAAGUAGUGAAGUUGAAGCACUUUGAGAAAUUCCAGGACACAACAGAGGCCUUGGCAGCGGCCACGGCCAUGACGGAAGGGAAGAUGGGGAAGAGUCUGAAGAAGGUCCUGAAGAAAGUGGUGGCUAAAGAAGCUCAUGAACAGCUGGCCAUCAGCGACGCUAAGCUGGGGGGCGUCAUCAAGGAGAAGUUGAACCUGAGCUGUGUCCACAGCCCUGCGGUGGCAGAGCUGAUGAGAGGCAUCAGGACACAGAUGGAGUCCCUGAUCACUGGGCUGCCCCCCCGGGAGAUCAGCGCCAUGUCUCUGGGACUGGCUCACAGUUUGUCCCGCUACAAGCUGAAGUUCAGCCCUGACAAAGUGGAUACCAUGAUCGUUCAAGCUAUCUCUCUGCUGGAUGACCUGGACAAGGAGCUCAACAACUACAUCAUGCGCUGUAGGGAGUGGUACGGCUGGCACUUCCCUGAGGUGGGGAAGAUCAUCACUGACAACCUGGCCUACUGCAAGAGUGUCCGGAAGAUAGGCGCUCGUACCAACGUGGCAACCACCGACCUGUCUGAGCAUCUCCCCGAGGAGGUGGAGGCAGAGGUCAAACUGGCUGCAGAGAUCUCCAUGGGAACGGAGGUGUCAGAGGAGGACAUCGGCAACAUCAUGCACCUGUGUGACCAGGUGAUAGAGAUUACAGAGUACCGCACCCAACUGUACGACUAUCUGAAGAACAGGAUGAUGGCUAUCGCUCCCAACCUGACUGUCAUGGUGGGGGAACUGGUAGGGGCACGGCUCAUCUCUCACGCUGGGUCCCUGUUGAACCUGGCCAAGCACCCGGCCUCCACAGUCCAGAUCCUGGGAGCAGAGAAGGCCCUGUUCAGAGCCCUGAAGACGCGCAGAGACACGCCCAAAUAUGGUCUCAUCUACCACGCCUCUCUGGUGGGACAGACCUCGGCCAAGAACAAGGGCAAGAUCAGAAGAAUCAGUGGAACAGGCAAAGCCAUGGCGAAGUCUGACAAAUACCAACACAAGAGUGACGUGAAGGUGUACGACCCCUCCGGAGACUCCACCCUCCCCUCUGUUUCCAAGAAGAGGAAGUUUGAGGAGGUGGAGGAGGAAGAGGUGGCCACACCGGUGACAGUCAAAACAAAGAAACCCAAGAAAGAACCUGUGGAAGAACCAGAGGCUUCAACGGCAGCAGAAGAAACUCCCAAGAAGAAGAAAAAGAAGUCUAAGAAAGCCGAGGAGGACGUAAAGGAAGAGGAAGAGGAGGCGACCGUCUCUCCCACAGAGGAAUCGUCAAAGAAGAAGAAGAAGAAGAAAAAGGUCAAGGAGGAAGAGGGAGAUUAAUCUGGUUGGGGAGAAACUGUAUUAUAUUAGAACUUUUAGUUGUGGUUGUAUCU